AUGGAAGUUGCAUUAAAACAUGGUUUGGAAAAUUUUCCUGACAGUAAAGUAAUGAAAGUGUGGUUAAUUAAGAAGAAUGAGUUAUUUAAUGAGAACGAUUUUGUUAAGGAGAAUGAUAAUGAAAAUGAGAUUCCAUACCUUGGAAAAGAAGUUGUUGAAUAUCAUGGCCAUUUGUCACCUAUUAGAGGUUUGGUAUGUAAGAGCACAAAUAUAGAUGAAGGAUCUAGUUAUGUGGAACCACGUAUGGAAAACGAAUUGACACAAGAUGUUCUUACAAGGAAUCAAUUUUAUAAGUUACCUGGUGUGAUGGAAGAAAUGAUAGAUAUGGCAAGACUUAAUUCGAAUGAAGAAAGAAAUCUAGAUGAGGAGCUGAACAAUGUUGCCAAUGAAGAUGAUAAUGGUAAAAGGGGAAAAAGGGACAAUAAAUCUACAAAUUUAUUUCAUUCCCCUUUUAUUGAAUGGGUGAUUAGAGUUCGUGAUAAAUUGAAGAAGGGGGAUAUUGAAAUGUGCACUUCAAUAUUUUCAUUUAAAAGAAAUAAUGUGGACCCGAUUUGGGAUAUUGGAGUUGGUGAAGUUUUGCACCAAGGAUUUGUGUACCAUUUUAAGAGGGAUGUGUAUAUCCAUUCUAGAAUAAUAGAUUGUUGGGCAGCAUUCCUUAAUAAGAUCGAUGAGUGGAGGGACAAAGGAUCGAUAGCUAGAUUGUUCUUGGACACAAAAUUUCUAGUAUGGAAUACAAGUGAAAUGUUGCAUAAAUCGGGUUUAGGAAUAGAAACACACAGAUUAUUUGAUGGAUUUUUAAGAGUUUACAUUAAUAUGUUUAAAGUGUUACCAAUUUUGAAAGAUGUUGGGUUGGUUUUCAUCCCAGUAGUGGAUGUUGCUAUGUAUUACGAGGUGUGUUUUGAUCUGGUGAUAGGAAAGUGCUUCAUAAUUGAUCAUGUGAAUCGAAAAGGAAGCAUUGACAGUGUAUAUGGAACAACACCUAUGAUUUUGUUAAUAGUACAAUAA